CCAGCUGCCGGGAGAGAAACAGGAGAGGAGGGCACUGCACGCUGGCACCCCUGCCUGUGCUGGGCGAGGGUGCAGGAUCCUGCGCUUGGCUCUCCCCCAGCAUGAUCGUGUACAAAAGCAGCUACACAUAGUAAACAGAUUCCUCAUGCGACAGAGCGCAGGAAGGUGAGACAGAAGCAGAAACAGAAACUAACACUGAAAGGAAGAGGGGGGGGAAAAAGAAGACAGCGACGGCGAAUUACUUCCAGAGAAAGUGGGUGGAUGUUGUGCAGCAGCGACUUGGGAUUUUAGGGGAUGCACCCUUCUUACAUUCUGCUUCUCUAGUCCGAGCCUCCCUUCUCUGGUGACAGAAAGCAGCUGUACUUGGCGGUAGGAAAACAGGAGGAAGAAUAAACGAGUUUGUUCAGCAGUGCUUGCAGUGCCCUACUGAUCUGCUUUAAGGAUAUACUUUUUUUUUCUUUCUUUUUUGUUUUUUUUUUUCUUUUACUGGUUGGAUAUUGAUUGCGAGACCUUGAUUUCGAGAGCUUUUAGUUGCAUCGCAGUUUUUGUUUUGUGUUUUCAUUUCCUUUGGCGAGGAGUGGAAAAGGGGAGGCUGGCUUCGGUGCUGAAAGUUGCAAUCCUUAUUAUUUUGGAGCCAGCAUGUGCACCAACAUAGUCUACGAGUGGCUAAAGACCCUUCAGCUCUCCCAGUACGCGGAGUCCUUCGUCGAUAAUGGCUACGACGACCUGGAGGUCUGCAAGCAGAUCGGGGACCCGGACCUGGAUGCCAUCGGCGUGGCCGUGCCCCACCACCGGCGCCGGAUUCACGAAGCCGUGCGGCGGCUGAAGGAGGCGGACGAGUCGGCAGCGGGGCUAUACUUCACCCUGGAGCCGGAGCCGCCGCCUCGGCCGGCGCCCCUCGUCCCCGGGCGCUGCCUGCCGCGGGCGGCGGGGCAGGAGGAGGCUCGGCGGCGGGCGGCACCCCGACACCGGCCCGGGGCGCGGCGGGCGGCGGCGGGCGGCGGCGGGGGGCUGGCCGCCUACCCCAGGCUGAAGCUGAAGAUCAUGAUCCGGGACAAGCUGGUCCGCGACGGCAUCGACCUGAGCAAACCCCCCUACUCCAACAAGGAUGGGUCACUGGGAAAUAUUGAUGACUUGGCACAGCAGUAUGCAGACUACUACAACACCUGCUUCACAGAUGUGUGUGAGAGGAUGGAAGAGCUGCGCAAACGGAGGGUUUCCCAAGACCUUGAUAUGGAUAAACCUGAUGCCAGCCCCACAUCUCUACAGCUGCGGUCCCAGAUUGAGGAGUCACUUGGUCUCAGCAGCACUGCAUCAACACCCGACACUGAAAGAAAGCUCUCCAUUCAUAAAUCAAGUUCGGAAGAAGGCUCUGUAGGGAAAGCAGACUGGAAAAAGAAAAAUAAGUUUUUUUGGCAGAAUUUUCGAAGGAACCAGAAAGGACUAAUGAGGCAGACUUCAAAAGGAGAGGAUGUAGGAUAUGUGGCCAGUGAGAUCACGAUGAGUGAUGAAGAGCGGAUCCAGCUGAUGAUGAUGGUCAAAGAGAAGAUGAUCACCAUUGAGGAAGCACUUGCUAGGCUGAAGGAGUAUGAAGCCCAGCACAGGCAAUCGAGCACCACUGUAGAUGCAACGGAAUGGCCUGAUGGUUCUUACUCAACAUUUGAUGGGUCUUCCAAUUGUAAUUCAAGAGAACAAUCCGAUGAUGAAACAGAGGAGUCGGUGAAGUUUAAGAGGUUGCACAAGCUGGUGAAUUCUACUCGCAGAGUCAGGAAGAAACUCAUAAGAGUGGAAGAAAUGAAAAAACCCAGCACAGAAGGUGUGGAAGAACACUCACUUGACAACUCUCCUAUACUGGAUGACAGAUCAGCACUUUACUCUGGAGUUCACAAGAAGCAAUUCUACUUUGACAGCUCCUGCGAAAAGCAGCCAGAGGACGACUCAGACUCACUUACUACUUCUCCCUCAUCCAGCAGUCUUGAUACAUGGGGAGGUAACCGGAAGCUGGUGAAGACCUUCAGCAAAACUGAUAGCCGUGGCCUUAUCAAGCCUCCCAAGAAACUCGGGACAUUUUUCUCUUACCCAGAAGACGAGAAGACCCAGAAAGUUUGCCGCUCCUUAACAGAUGGGGAAAUGAAGAAGAGCCUCGGCUCAUUGAGCCACGGGAGAACCUGUAGCUUUGGAGGAUUCGACUUGACAAAUCGUUCCCUUCAUAUUGGAAACAGUUCUGACCAAAUGGGCAAAGAAGGAGACUUUGUUUAUAAGGAAGUGAUCAAGUCACCCUCUGCCUCCCGUAUAUCUCUGGGCAAAAAGGUGAAGUCUGUUAAAGAAACCAUGAAGAAAAGGAUGUCUAAAAAAUACAGCAGCUCUUUGUCUGAGCAGGAGUCCAGCCCUGGGGUCAUGCCAGGUUCUCCACAGUCGCCGCCGCCAGACACGGACUCCCUGGACAAACCCAAGCUGAAAGCCGGUGGCUCAGUAGAGAGCCUGAGGAGUUCCUUAAGCGGUCAGAGCUCAAUGAGUGGUCAGACGGUGAGCACAACAGAUUCCUCAACCAGCAACAGGGAGAGCGUAAAAUCAGAAGAUGGUGAUGAUGAAGAGCCUCCUUACAGAGGACCCUUUUGUGGGAGAGCCAGAGUUCACACUGAUUUUACUCCAAGCCCUUACGAUACAGAUUCUCUGAAGCUCAAGAAAGGUGACAUCAUUGAUAUAAUCAGUAAGCCUCCCAUGGGCACUUGGAUGGGCCUGCUGAACAACAAAGUCGGCACUUUCAAAUUUAUCUAUGUGGAUGUGUUAAAUGAAGAGGAAGAGAAGCCGAAGCGGCCCACCAGGAGACGCCGGAAAAGCAGACCACCCCAGCCCAAGUCAGUUGAGGAUCUCUUGGAUCGCAUCAAUUUAAAGGAGCACAUGCCCACUUUCUUGUUCAAUGGUUAUGAAGAUCUAGAUACCUUUAAGCUUUUAGAAGAAGAAGAUUUGGAUGAACUGAACAUCCGAGAUCCUGAGCACAGAGCUGUCCUCCUCACAGCAGUGGAACUUCUACAGGAGUAUGAUAGUAACAGCGACCAGUCAGGAUCUCAAGAGAAACUUCUCAUUGAAGGCCAAGGCCUAACCGGAUGCUCUCCUCGGGAUUCUGGCUGCUAUGAAAGCAGUGAAAACCUGGAGAAUGGUAAAACUCGAAGGACCUGCCUCCUGCCCUCAAAAUCAGCAAGUGAGCAUAGCUUUAAGGACUUCAGCAGAAAUCAACUGUCAAAUUAUCCUACGCUUCCCCUGACCAAGUCAAUUGAAACUCUACAGCAAGGGGAAAAAGAAAGCCGGUUGGGUUUUGCGCAUCGUGCUCUGAAGAGCUCUGUCAAACCUCCAGCUGUUACGGGUCUGAAGAAGAACCGUAGAAGUUUGCCCGUUGCUGUCUGUCGGAGCUAUGAAACUCUGGAUGACCCCCAGGGUGUAGAUCCAUGGCCGAGAUCUCACUCGCUGGAUGAUCUCCAGGGAGAAUCCAAUCCUAACCUGCAGGACGUUAGCAAGGAAGGAGGUUCUUUGCCUCAGGCUUCACCGGAUAUAGCAAAAAAGGCAGCUGGCUGUGCCCUGCCACCUCAGUCUCUUGGAGGCAGCCAUAUGGUGGAUGGCUUGAUGGCUAAGCAGGGUAAAGGAGCUGCUAGUUCUCAGAAGGGAAGAGCUAAGGAAUUGGACUGCUCCGUAAUGGAGACUGCAGGUGGAAAGCCUGCUCCGUUCCCCCUGAAGAACUGUGAAGCUCAUGCCUUAGUGACACAUCGUGCAACAAGGACGUCUCUGGAAAUACAAAGUAAAGGCUUUCGUGACCUUGCACGGGCUGAUUAUGCUCCAGUCCUCAAGGGAGGUCUAGAAGCUGAGCAAAAAGGCACAAAUGAGGCAAGAAUGCAACCAAAAAAUCCUUCUCAGCCGCCUCCCGUCCCUGCCAAAAAAUGCCGAGAACGCCUUUCUAAUGGAUUAUAUCACCCUUCCGUGACCACAAGUGGGAACCACUCGAGUCUAGAAGCACCAUGUUUGCCAGCAAAAAAGACCAGCUCGUCCACUCCCAUUACUUGUCACGAAGUACCUGUCCAUAGGACAUCUUCUGAACAGGAGCCCAGUGCCCCUCCCAGCCCACUGCCACCCUGGCUGGCGGAGCUCCCAGAGACUGCUAGCGUUCAGCAGCAUGUGAUAAAGCUAGGUCCUGCUUCAGCGAGGAAAGUCUCCUGUAGCAGGGGAAUGGAUCUGGAAACAGUAAUAGAAAACAAGUUGCAGUCUGAAGACAUUGAUCUUACUGAAGAACCAUACUCUGACAAGCAUGGUCGCUGUGGCAUUCCGGAGGCUUUGGUACAGAGGUACUCUGAAGACUUAGACCAGCCUGAAAAGGAUGUUGCCACAAACAUGGACCAAAUCCGGGUGAAGCAGCUGAGGAAGCAGCAUCGCAUGGCAAUUCCAAGUGGAGGGCUCACUGAAAUUUGCCGAAAACCUGUAUCCCCUGGACUCAUCACUUCUGUAUCUGACUGGCUGAUUUCCAUUGGUCUACCUAUGUAUUCCAGCCUGCUCACAGAAGCAGGGUUCAACACACUGAGCAAAGUGCCUUCUCUGUCACAAACUUGCCUUCAAGAAGCUGGCAUCACAGAGGAAAGGCACAUAAGCAAGCUCCUGGCAGCAGCAAGACUCUUCAAACCUCUUGAUCCAGAGGCAAUUUAACAUGCUCCAUAAUGUGGCAUUGCUGCCUGGUCAAGAAUCCACUGCUUCUUCCUGCACCAAUAUUGCUCUAAUUCACGUAGCUAAAGGGAUCAAGGAAGCAGCUCCCAAGGACAGGCAGAUAUCUUCUUCAAAGGAUAUGAAAUGUUUCUGUUGCUGUCUUUAGCAACUGAAUGAGAAGAGAAGCAACCACCAGGUAACACAGAUGUGGUACUUCCCUCCCACCUCAAUCCCCUGUAAAGUUUUCUUAUUUCUUAAAAUGCACAGGGUUGGCCUGAGACUCAGACAGCUUCACAGAAUUAAGGGACCCUUGCACACUUUCCUCAAGUUUGUGAAAGCUGUGCUAGCAAUAGGCCCUGUUUCUAUGGAGAGCUCCUUAGGUUGGGGGUCUUCUAAACAUCUAGGUUCCAGGUACCUGCAGUCUGUGCUAAAGACUGGGUACAAGCGAAGGUGCAAAUUCCAGUAGAAGCUGCUUGGCAAAUGCCUUCUGUUUAUUUUAGCAGUCUAGAGCUAAAUCCCCCAGGUCAUCUUUGCUCUUGCUCAGUGAAGGUCCCAAUCCACCACACAGCCUUUAGCUAGGCCAAAGCCAAGCGAGUGGAAUUAAUUGUCAGUACAGUCCGUCGGUCAUUACAGAGUGACUAACCUGCAGAGAGUCUGGAAGCCCCUUUUUAUUUGUACAGAGCUGAGGUCAUUUGUAUAACUGCUUUCUAGCAAUCAGCUUUUUAUUUGCCUUAAAUAAGCUUUUAAGCAGUUACCUAGCGUUCACUUACCAGUAUUCAUCUUUCCCAAGCCUUGUUUCAACCGGUCACCCUUAAUCUGCACUUAGGGUGAUUUCCAGCUGAAGUAGCUUCUAUAAAAUGCCUCAUCAUAACACCUUCUGUCAUAGAGAUGCUUUUACAAAUGCAGGGUUUAUGCUAGGUUUCGGUUGUCAGGCUAACUUCUUGUUCACUACAGCCUGCAUUUACUAAACUGCUCCAAGAUAUACUGCCUUGUAUAUAUGUAACUGCUUUUUGUUUUAAUCAUAUUCUGUGUACUGUGUUCUGUUGUCAAUCAUUUUGCUGCAGCUUUGACUUGGUAUCCUGACCAUAUCGAUUCCAAACAGUGGGUUUCUGCAAAUGAAAAUUCACUUGUGGGAGACACAAUGCAUCGAAAAAGCAAAUUGUGUCCCACAGAAAUCAUCAGAACCAGUAAUUCCGUUGCGUGGACUGAAAAAAAAAAUCCUGUGGUAGUCCAUGAAUUACACUGUGAUUUUUACAGCAGUUGGUAUCCCUCGUGACUGUGUUAAUGUUACCUCUCACCGGAAGAGGGCAUUGUUCUGGCAUGUGUGGUGAACCAUUUUUCCAUGAUGUAACGAUAUUUUUCUGCCUAAAUCCAUGUAAAACAUUCCAUUCACAUAUGUGGCUAAUGACAGAUUUUAUUUUUCUAUAUGGGUACACAUUUUAUAUACCAAAUAUAGAUGAUCAUGAGUAGCACAUAACUGGCUUUUUCUUUGGGGGUCUAUAAAUGGUGUCUCCUUUAACUACUCGUAGCACAAACGCUCCACGGAAGACAGAGCAUGCUUACUCUGGCAGGUAAAGGGAGAUGGUAUGGAAACCUGGGCACAGGCCAGGAUGUGUGGCUGCUUCCAAUAUCAGUUCUGACAUCAAGUUAUGUACAAAACCAGCCAAGGCACUUCACUGUUUGGUGCCUAGCCUAAUAUUGAGCUAAUGACACUUUUCCAGAUAAAACGCUCUCAGGUUAAUGAAUAAAAAAUUGUGGUUACUCCACUAUUCCUUACUAUAUAUGGUCCUUUUGUGGUCAUGUUUUAAGUCAGGUGAACUAUGCAUUUUACUGCAGGUGAAUUCAUUUGGCUGCGGACAGAAUUGACAGGUGUUAGGUUUACUUCCCUUGAUUCAUGUUUCACCACUGUCUACUGAACACUGUCAUGUGAAGGCAACUAAAUUCACUGGUGUAACUUGAAAUUGUUCUCAAGCAAAGCUCCUCCAGAUCUGUUUCUGUAAUGUUGUCUUUGGUGUGUGGAUAAUCAGCAUGUAUGACAGCAUCAGGAAACGUACAGCAGAGGAGUUUUGCACAGCUGGUGAAAAUCUGAAAAAGAAAAGGAAACUGUCUUUUUAAUAACAAUGAUUUGUCUGUUUUUCCUCUCUGAGGAGCACAUGGAGACUAGCAAUAAGCAGGAGAUGGAAAGAGUAUUGAGAUUUCCUGGGAUUGCUGGCAGGGGCCAGAACUGAGAAGAAGUAGACAGCAGCUGUAUUGGAGCAAGGGAAAAGUCCAAGCUGGCGAUAUGCAAUAAAGAAGGAAAUACAUUUCCCCGUGUUGCAGGGAAGGCAAGUCACAGAAUAAAGCUCCUCCCCUAUUAAUUGUUUUCCUCUCUCUUAGUAAGGGGAGGAGAUUCAUGGAAAUAAGAUGAAGCUGUGUGCCAAACACUCUUUGUAAAUCCAAAAACCUUUAAAUCAUUAUGUAGCCCAGGGAAACCAAGUCAGGUUCAUCAGGACUAGAGUGAGCAGUUUGAGAUUUGUGAGUUUUAGUAGUUGCUUUGUUUUUCUUUUUAAGACUGUGCUCUGUGGUCUUACUUGAACUACCAUUUUAGUUUAUGUUUUAGUCUAAAAAAGCCUUAAGCUUCUCAGCAUUUGAGCUUCCCUGCUGCGGUUUCAGUGACUGGUGGUGUUCCCCAAGCAGAUGAGGCGGUGUGGUUGGAGAGCCAUAACCUCUUACAUUUCCUUGCAACCAUUCAGUUCUCUUAAGCAAAAGUUUGCUCAUUAAUUCUUGGGAAGCGAGAAAGAAACCUGCUGCUGGAAUCCUAAUCUGCUCUGCUCAGGCUAACGAUGUUAAGUAUCUAUCCAUUGUACCAUUGUAACUCAAACAGCUAUUUAUCAAUAAAAGCAGCAAGCCCAAAAUAUUACCAAAUGCCAUCGGAACCGUAAGCUUUGAUCAAUCGCCCUCUGCUACUACCCAGGUGGCAAGGACACCCGUGGUUCCCUGUGCUCUCUUGCGAGCUUGGCUUUGAUUGCAAACUGGGAGCGUGAUCAGAAGCAUUAAGCAUUGCAUUAUUCAAGCAGGUCAUCAUCUCUAAGAGCAGCAAUAGUGGUCGAUUCACCAAGUCACAGCUGUGCAGUCGUACUGUAUUAUUUUUAGAAUAAAUAAUACUUUUGGUCCAAGAUACUUUUAUCUUUAAUUGACAUCCUUUGGGGAAUCAAAACCGUCGAGCAAGUUAUGUAACAACUAACAAAGUUGCACUUUCUGUAUAUGAAAUCAAUAUUUAAAUAACUUAUUUUUCUCCAUUUGCUGUUCUUAAAUGAUGUAAGUAGCUGUAAUAUACCAGUACUCAAUAUGUCCUGCAAUUUGCUUCAACCCAAGAAAGCUGUGUAUUGUAAAGAAAAAAAAAAGAAAAAACAAAUUAUGAAUGUGUAAAGAUUAUUGUGCUGUUUCAUUUAGAAAAAAAAUGGUUGACAAAAGGGUUUUCCUGUGUAUCAAAACUUGUCUAUAAUUAUGUCAUACUGUUCAUAGAUAAAAAGUAAAUAAAUUUCCU